AUGGGAUGCAUAGAAACUAGAGUAAAGGAGCAUAAAGCAAAGAAAAUCCAAAAAAAUAUAGCUACAGGAUGGAAUGGGUGUUGUAAUUACUCAUAUGCUGUAAAUGGGGGAAUCUGGUUACUUUGGAGAAGUCCUGUUCAAGUGAUAGUGAGUCACAUGACUGAUCAAUUCAUCCACUGUAGUAUUAAAGAUCAUAGAACUUAUUUUUUGGCCCAGCUUAGUGUCAUUUAUGCUCAAAAUGAUGGACACAAGAGGGAGAGUUUAUGGAGGGACCUCAGGCAGAUUAAAAUUGCAAGUCAGCAGACAUGGUUGCUGAGCAGUGACUUUAAUAAUGUUCUAUCCUCUGAAGAUAGAAUAAGAUCUCCUGUAACUGUUGCUGAAGUACAGGGAUUUAAAGGGAUGAGUGAUGAUUUGCAACUCACCCCACUGAGGGAUAAGGGGUGGCAUUAUACUUGGACAAAUAAACAAGGAACUGGGAAUAGAGUCCAGAAAUUACUACAUCCUAAACCAUUUAGACUAUACACAAAUGUUAUGGACCAUCCACAGUUUCAGACUGUAAUUCAGCAGGUAUGGGAUGAGGAGCAUGAAGGAGCACCUAUGCAGCAGAUUUGGUGCAAAUUGAAGAAUCUAAAAAAGCAACUUAAGGGGAUAAAUGCUUAUAUGGCUUCAUACAAGCAAAAACUUGAGCAGGCAAGAGAGAAAUUAGAUAUUAUGCAAAGUCAAAUGAGGCAGAAUACUUUGGCACAGUCCCUUAUAAAUGAAGAGAAAGAAGUGUUAGGUGAAAAAGAAAAAUGGAGCACUGUGGAGGAGCAAGUUCUGACGCAAAAAUCAAAGGCAUGCUGGAUUGAGUGUGGUGAUGCAAAUACAAAAUAUUUUCAUGCACAAUGGAAGAUAAGAGCCAGCCAAAACAGUAUAACUACCAUUUAUACAGAUACAGGUGUGAAGCUAACAGAAGCCAGACUUGUUGAAAAGGAAUUCAUAACUGUAUUUCAAUCCUUAAUGGGAGAGUGUGCUGGUGAAUUACCUCGUGCAAAUACAAUUGUAAUAAAGGAAGGACCAUGCUUAACUGUGGAUCAGCAAAGAACAUUGAUUCAAAUGGUGACAAUGGAGGAGAUCACUGAAGCAGUUGAGGAUAUGCCUAAAGACAAAGCACAGGGGUUGAUAGAUUUUCUGUGGAGUUCUUUACAAGGAACUGGGAGAUAG